CAUCGUCAGUGUCAGUCUUGCUCGAUCGACCACAGGAACAGACGACAUCGACGAAUAUCGCAACCAUGCAGAUUUUCGUCAAGACCCUCACGGGUAAGACCAUCACCCUCGAGGUCGAGUCCUCCGAUACCAUCGACAAUGUCAAGUCCAAGAUCCAGGACAAGGAGGGCAUCCCUCCUGACCAGCAGCGUCUGAUCUUCGCCGGCAAGCAGCUCGAGGAUGGCCGUACUCUCAGCGACUACAACAUUCAGAAGGAGUCCACCCUGCACCUCGUCCUCCGUCUGCGUGGUGGUAUCAUCGAGCCCUCGUUGAAGGCGCUUGCCUCCAAGUACAACUGCGAAAAGUCCAUCUGCCGCAAGUGCUACGCCCGUCUCCCUCCUCGUGCCACCAACUGCCGUAAGAGGAAGUGCGGUCACACCAACCAGCUGCGCCCCAAGAAGAAGCUCAAAUAGACGGAUCGCCCCAUCGACAAUUUUUCUCGGUGUCGUGUCGUUUGCGGAGUUUUUUUUUGCAUGUCCUGGGGUUGUAUUGUGGUAUCAUGCGGUCCAAAAAAUAUAACAUAUUUAAACAAACCGCCAAUUAUGGUUGCGAGCAUUCAGUCUCACUUACGAGUAGUGUGGGGAGAGGCUCAUCACUGAUAUGAAUGAUUGGAGACCAUUGUCCCGCUUAAACCAGUGGAAAUCGGGAAUAUAAGACGCGGAAUUCUUGGUUCCCUUUUUCCUUGUUUUCUCUCUCAGCCGAGUUAGAUUACUACAAAUUAAAUUCUAUUUAUGUUCCAUGUAAA